UUUUUCUUUUUUUUUUAUUUGUAAAAAAAGAAAGAAAGAAAAAUACAAAUAUACAUAUAUAUAUACAUUUAUAUAUAUAAAUAGACACAUACGCAUACACAUAUACACAUAUUCAUACACAUACACAUACACGUAUAUAUAUAGAUAUAGUUAUAUAUAUAUAAAGAUACAUACAAAUAGAUAGAAUACACAUAUAAUGGCAUUAGGUUUUAGUAAUAACAAGAUUAAUAAGAGUAAAGCAUCAGACGACGAAACACCUAAUACUAGUGACGUUGAUAAACUCUCAAUGAAAAACUUGGAAUCUUCGGAUAAAGGACAAUUUAAAGAGUUUAAAGAGUUUUUGAAAACCGUUAUUAGCUUUACUGGUGACCUUUCUUCCUUAACUUGUCCUGCCUUUUUUUUAAAUGGACUAUCUUUAUUAGAAUAUGGUACAUAUUGGGGUGAUCAUCCUUCAACUUUUACUGCUAUUAAUGAUGCUAAAAAUUCAGAAGAACGUCUUUUGGCUAUUUGUCGUUGGUUUAUUUCUACUUUAUGGGGUAGUUAUGCUUCUCGUUGUACAGGUGGUAAAUAUGAAAAGAAACCUUAUAAUCCUAUUUUGGGUGAACAAUUCUUCUGUGAAAUGGGUGACGCUAAAUGCGUUUGUGAACAAGUAUGUCAUCAUCCCCCAAUUUCUGCUUUCUAUCUUGAAGAUGAAAAGGCGGGUGUUUCUUUAAAUGGACACAGUGGACAAAAGUCAAAGUUUAAAGGUACUUCUAUCAAGGUUGAACAAGUUGGCAGAGCUGUAUUAUAUCUCAAGAAUUUUGAUGAACAGUACAUGAUUGAUUUCCCCGAUCUUUUAAUUCGGGGUGUAUUAACAGGUGGUGCUUAUAUUGAGUUAGGUGGAUCAUGUACAAUUAUUGGUUCAAAUAAUACAAAAGCGAUCAUUGAAUUUGUUCCAAAGCCAUGGUUUGGAGGUGAAUACAAUCAUAUUAAAGGUUCACUUUAUUCAGGGAACAAAUUGUGUUAUACUUUAUCGGGUCGUUGGAGUCAUCAGUCUUAUUAUUCAAAGGCAGGUAGCAAUGAAAAGGAUUCUAAAAAGGAACUUUUAUUUGAUGCUGAAGCAGAACCCAUGGCAGAACGUAAGACAGUACCAAUUGAAGAACAAGGUGAAUAUGAAACACAUCGAGUUUGGGGCCCAGUUACAAAGGCCCUUCAAGAAAAGAAUUAUAAAAUUGCAAAUGCUGAAAAAUCAAAGAUUGAAGAAUGGCAACGUUCAGUACGUAAAGAACGUGAAGAAAAGAAGGAAAGUUGGCAACCAAAAUUAUUUACCUUUCAAAAGGACAUCGAUGCUUCUAAGGGUGAUGCAUAUCAACAAAAGAAUGGUGAAUUAAAGAAGCAUAUUGAUUCUAAACAUCAUUUAGAUUCUGGCGCUUGGACCUACAAUCACUCUCUUCAUAUUUCUCAGUAAACAAAUCAUCAAUAAUACCACUUAUAUUACAUACAACAAAUAGGGGAAAAGAAGUCUUUGAUUUAAUAUAGUAGUCUUUACAUAAAUAUCUAUUUAUACGUAAUAAAAGGAAAAAAAAAGUGUAAUAUAGUAUUUUACAAAAUUCCAUAAUUUUGAC